GCUACCCUGGAACCCAGUGCCUGUCCCCCUCCCCUUGCUGAGAGAGGGUAGGAGUGUCAGCCCCACCCUCAGGAAGAUAUAUGUUCUCCCCCUCCUCUGCUCCAAGGGACUUCCUCUCUGGCUGAUAUAGCUGAUAGCACCCAGACUUGGGCCAGGCUCCUGACACCAGGACAAAUCUGGGUGUAGGUUCUGCCACUCUUUCCCGACCCUGAAGUUGACAUCAGUGCUCAACUGGAUGAAGCCUGUCCUCCCAAUGGCCACCAACACCACCUCUCCUGUGACGCCCCCACCGGGCUACAUGCUCAUCUUCCUCAUGGCUGUCAUCUUGCUGUCCGUGGCGCUGGUGGUGGGGCUUCCGGGCAAUAGCUUUGUGGUGUGGAGCAUCCUGGCAAGGAUGCGCAAACGCUCAGUCACAGCCCUGCUGGUGCUCAACUUGGCCGUGGCUGACCUGGCUGUGCUGCUCACUGCUCCAGUUUUCCUCCACAGCCUGGCCCACAAGGCCUGGGUCUUCGGGGUGUUUGGCUGCCGCCUCUGCCACUACAUCUGUGGAGUCAGCAUGUACGCCAGCGUCCUGCUCAUCACUGCCAUGAGCCUGGACCGCUCGCUGGCGGUGGCCCGCCCCUUUGUGUCCCAGAAGCUGCGCACCAAGGCCAUAGCCUGGCGGGUGCUGGCAGGCAUCUGGGCAGUGUCAUUCCUGCUGGCCACCCCGGUCAUCGUGUACCGAAACGUGCACAAGUGGGUCAACAGCAGCAUCCUGGUGUGCUCCCCAGUUUACCCCACCCAGGGCCACCAGGCCUUCCAUAUGCUCUUCGAGACCAUCACCGGCUUCCUGUUGCCCUUCCUGGCCGUGGUGGCCAGCUACUCGGACAUCGGGCGCAGGCUGCAGGCCCGCCACUUCCGCCGCAGCCGCCGCACGGGCCGCCUGGUGGUGAUCAUCAUCCUGGCCUUUGCGGUCUUCUGGCUGCCCUACCACGUGGUGAACUUGGUGCUGGCCAGCCACUCGCUGACCAGCCUGAAGGCCAAAGCGGAACCAGUGGGGAAGCAGCUGAUGUUGGCUCGCAACACCUGCAUCGCGCUGGCCUUCCUGAGCAGCAGCGUGAACCCCGUGCUUUACGCCUGUGCAGGCGGCGGCCUGCUGCGCUCGGCCGGCGUGGGCUUUGUGGCCAAGCUGCUGGAAGGCACAGGCUCCGAGGCCUCCAGCGCCCGCCGUGCAGGCACCCUGGUCCAGGCCCGGCGGGACACCGUGGCUACUCCUGGGCCCGGCCCAGCCAACCCAUCUCCCAACACCGAGGAUUGAAUCGCAUGGAGCCGAGCCUCCAGGCCGUGGGAAGAGGCUGGUCCCUUCCUCCCAGGCAGCACAUGCUCUCAGGGCGGGCCUGACCCACUUCUGCACCCCAGGAGGAGAACUCACCCCUCAGGGGUGAGUUCAGAAGAAGAGGCAGAAUGAGGGCCUGUUUGCCCCUGGCAGCUCAACAAUUCAAACUCAGGUCUGAAAUGGGGUCCACCCCGUAAAUGUGUUGUAGGGGAUCAGAGUGCUCUUGGCACUUUGUGGGCGCCCCUCUCAAUUGCUGAGGGUCACAUCCUUGAGUUCUCUGUGAGGUUCACUUUUGGAAAAAAGAAGAAAAAAAGAAAAGAAAAAAGCAGCAACACAAAGGCAGACAUAGAAGUCCCUUCCUAUCUGAGGCAGGUGAUCGCCAGGUGAUACUUAGAACAGCACAGGUCUCCUGACCCCUGGGGCACCGGCCAAGGAAGCCACCCACGUGGACAGAGCACUGCAGACUCCCUGACUCAGCUUUCAAAACACAGCAUGCUGGGACAUCUGCCCUGAAGCCUGUGAUUGGUAUCAUCCCUAGCACAACACCAGCUUCCUGUCUGUAACUUUGCCCCUGUCUUCAGGAGAAGUUUUAGGGGAUUGCCUUCCUCCCCUCCACCUCCUCAGGAGGCCUCACUUGAGAACCAGUCAUCUGAUUUUAUCCACUACCAUCUGUGCAUCAGCAUUCUGCCAGCCCCUAGAACUCUGUGGUCCAGGGCACAGCUGAGGGCCCUCUGUGAACUGGGUCACCCCUUGAAAACAAAGAUUCCCCAGAGCAGGAGGGAUGAGUCAGACUUUCCUUCCUAGGGGUGACUGUGUCUUACGAGCCCAGGGAAGACGGCAGCAACAGUGCUUGCAGUGUAUGUGUUGAGUCUUUCUCAUAAAGACAAUCACUUCUAGCAAAUGAGGUCCGACUCCCAAAUCCAUGAGCCAACCCCCCCAAUAUAUGUGCAACACCUGCAAUCUGGGGCUUCGGACAUCCCCCAUGAACUAUAAAAUAGGAGCUGGGUAUUUCAAGACUCACAUGUUAUCUGUGUGGGAGGAUGGGAAAAGAGAACAAAGGGGUGUCUCUGGGGCCUGAGAUAGAAGGCCCCCCCCUGAAACUGUCUACAGCUCCUCCGUGGAAAACGUGGUGGGUGGAUCCGAGCUCAGCAUCCAAACCAAGAAGGAUCUGUAGAUUAUCCAGGCCUCUCACAUGUGUUGCAUAGUCAGCACAUAAAAGUUGCUAAUUUAGUGUUUGUAAAGUGAAUAAAGAUUAUAUGACACUU